AUGGCAGAUAGCGAGGACGACGAAAGUUUAGCAGGUUUGACGCAGAACACGUUUCUGAAGGCACCUUUAGAGCCUUGUUUCGACCUGUUCAGUGGAUUAUUGGAGGGCGAUUGUAAUGUUGGUGAUGGUAGUAAUAAUACCUCGAAUAAUACAAUAACAUAUUCUGAUCAUGUUUUAACGGCGGAAAAAGAAUUAAAUGAAGCCUUAAAAUGCCGCUACUCUGAAAAUAGGCGGAAAAUAUCGCUAGUUACAGACAAGGAAGUUGAGUUGAUUAAGGAAAGUCGAAUUCCAAAUAACACGAAACACAACACUAGUUGGUCUGUCGGCGUUUGGCAGGAUUGGGCAAAAGGAAGAAACGCGAGAGUAAUAGAACUAGGCGUUGUCGACAAGCUAGUCAUGUCAGAUAUCUUAAAAGUGCCUGAAGAAGAACUUAACUAUUGGUUAGCUAAGUUUGUGGUCGAGGUUCGCAAAAAGGCAGAAUUUUAUCCGCCCAAGACACUUUAUCAGAUAUGUUGUGGGCUAUUACGAUUUUUGCGAAAUAAUGGUCGGGCAGCAUUGAAUAUAUUUGAUGAUCCCAUGUUUAAGCAUUUUCAGGAUACUUUAGAUGGUGAAAUGAAGCGACUUACUAGUCUCGAUGUUGGUGCAAAUGUCCGACAAGCGCAAGCAUUUUCAGAAGAGCAAGAAGAACUUUUGUGGAAAUCAAAUCUACUGGGCUCCGACUCACCAGUGACAUUACUAAAUACAAUGGUUUUUUUGAUCGGCAAGAAUUUUUCGCUUCGGAACGGAAAAGAACAUCGUUCAUUAAAGUUCAGUCAACUUACACUGGAAGCUGCGACUGGGGAUGAACCUGAGAAGCUUAUUUACACAUCUUUUGGAGAAAAGAAUAACUUGGGUGGUCUUAAACAUCGUGCCAUGAAACGGAAGCGUGUGGAGCAUUACGCAAACGAUGCGUGUCCUGAUCGUUGUAUGGUGCAUUUAUAUAAGAUGUAUGUGGAGAGAUGCCCUUCUGAAGCCAUAAUAAAGGAUGUGUUUUACGUUACUCCCAAGCGAAAGUGUCUUGAUUCUGAUAAAGGUAUGUUAUGCUACUGAUAUUUUGAAUAUCCUUUGCUUAGAAUUUAAAUUGUUAAAUUUUUGUUCUUUUAGUGUGGUUCACGUUAAACCCAGUUGGCCACAAUACGUUGGGCAAUACGGUGAAACAUUUGUGUGAGAAAGCUGAGAAAGCUGGCAUUGAAGGGCAUUACACGAAUCAUAGUCUUAGGGCUACUACUGCAACACGUGGUCUUGAAAAAGGGAUUGCGGAGAAAUAUGUCAUGGAGAGAACCGGCCAUAGAGAUGUGAGAUCACUUCAGCGAUAUCAAAGACCGAACGUCCAACAAAAGAUUGAGAUUUCAAGAGCGUUUGAUUUAUCGUUGUCUCAUGAGGAAACUAAUUUGGACUACGCAGAAGUGUCGAAUAUAAAAAAUGUCAUUGAUUGUAGUAAGAAAGAAGUAGAAAUAGAUACUUUAAAUACUAAAGACAAGGUAAAACGUUGUAAGAAUGAGAAGAGUGAAACAACGCGCUCUGCAUUUAAUAAUUGUACUUUUUUUGUGCAGCAGGACUUUUUAGCUUGA